CAACAUUGGCCGGAAGGGGGCGCUGACAAUGCGAUGGGGCAGUAGGUCGUCUGCUGCGAAACGAGUUGGGAGUUGGUUGAGUUCGUUUGACGUUGUUCACGAUCGUCUGCUGCCGUUUAACACACGGAAAAUCGAGUUUUUUUUUCUCCUAAGAAGUGUUCUGUGUUAUGGCAGAAAGCGAGGAGAUGGUAAAGUUAGUGGAGGGAGCGUAUAAGAAUAUUUUAGAAAAGUUCAAUCCUUGUGCCAGACAACUCAUUAAUGCCGGAAAAAGCUAUUUGAAAGCUCUUCACGGAUGUCUGUCUUCUUCCAAGACGUAUAUUGAUAUUAUGACAAAAUUGGCUCGUCAUGCCCAUCAAGGUACUUGGGGUGGAUCAACAGAUAUUGGAACAGCAUUGAUGCAACUUGUCGAUGUCCACAAGGAAAUUCAAGCUCAACAGACUAAUAUUCUGAAAGCUUUUUAUGUGGAUUUGUUGGUUCCUUUAGAAAUAAAUUUAGAAAAGGACGUAAAAAUUGUCGCCAGCGAACAGAAAAAGUUCGUGCAACAACACAAACUGCAGCAGGAAGCUUAUUUGAAAGCUCUUACUCUUUUUAAAAAACAUAAAAAGAAAAGUCGAACAUCGAAAGAUGGUGUCGUCGAUAAAGAAACAAAACAACUUCAAACAGUGGAAGAAGAGAGAGCCAAACUAGACUGCUUCUGUGCACAAAGUCUUAAACAGGCAAUCACACAAGAGAGACGACGUUAUGGCUUUAUUUUAGAGAGGCAAUGUUCACUAGCCAAACAUUACUUAGCUUAUCAUACUAAGGGCGAAGCACUGUUGACACACCAAUUACAUCAAUGGCAAGAAGUUGUAAAGACAAGAGAAAUUUUGCCCGAUACCAUGAAUAAAUUAUUUCCGGUUCUUGCUCUCGAUGCCAAAAUAGAACAAAACUAUCCAUUGUGUAACUUACAAGUUACAUCCGAUCCCGAAGACGACGUUACAUACGGAGUAAGAAAAACAAGAAGUAUCGAUGCAAGUUAUCUCAAUCUGCAAGAAUUGCAGGAAACUUCGUACGCAAGACCACUUUCUAGAGCAAAAUCCGAUUUUAAUCUACCCUCUUCCAGCGCUAGUCUCGUUUCUAGCGAUUAUGGCACUCCCGUAAGACCAAAAAGCAUCGUGGGGACUGAUAACGAGAGAAAACAAAGAGUUAGAGCUGUUUACUCUUAUCUAUCGAGCGGUGAAAAUCAAUUGAGUUUUCACGAAGGAGAUAUUAUUAGUCUGAUUGGAGAAAGAAAUAAGGGUUGGCAGUACGGAGAAAAUUUAAGAAAUCACAGGUUCGGUUGGUUUCCUAUCGCUUAUACAGAACACGAAGAAAAUGAUAAAACGGAUAAAAACGAAAACAGGACACUUAUAGAAAGACGAGAUAAUAAGGAUACAUCCUCCUACUCCCCUUCUACACACAAUCGACCAUUUUCACAACGUCCCGUCAGUUUUAGUUUUGAUUCUCGCUUAGUAGACAUCGCUUCGGGAUUGACAGUCCCUAAACAAAAUCGUCCGCUUUCGACAUUUGCCGAUAUACUGUUAACGAAGGUCGGAGAUAAUUCUAAACAGGAUUCUAGCCCGAAGACCGAUACAAGUCCCAGAACGAGUGGUCCUAGAUGUAACAAAUAUAUUGGAAAAGAAGAUCCUAUCAAGUUGCCUACUAUUCUGCGAGUUCCCAGGAGAUCAGCUACCUCUCCCGCUGUCGGUUUUCUGCCUUCCUUUCGUUGUCCUUUAUCCACCAGUCUACAUAGUAGCAGCGAUAGUGGUUUCUGUAACGAUAGUGGACACGGAAAUCCUCUGUCAGAAGGAUCGGAAGAAGAAUCCAGAUCGAUUACGAUUCCUAACGAAUAUUCUGUCGGAAAGCGAAUACCGUUGCUUAUCAUCUUACAGAUAGAACAAAACUAUCCAUUGUGUAACUUACAAGUUACAUCCGAUCCCGAAGACGACGUUACAUACGGAGUAAGAAAAACAAGAAGUAUCGAUGCAAGUUAUCUCAAUCUGCAAGAAUUGCAGGAAACUUCGUACGCAAGACCACUUUCUAGAGCAAAAUCCGAUUUUAAUCUACCCUCUUCCAGCGCUAGUCUCGUUUCUAGCGAUUAUGGCACUCCCGUAAGACCAAAAAGUAUCGUGGGGACUGAUAACGAGAGAAAACAAAGAGUUAGAGCUGUUUACUCUUAUCUAUCGAGCGGUGAAAAUCAAUUGAGUUUUCACGAAGGAGAUAUUAUUAGUCUGAUUGGAGAAAGAAAUAAGGGUUGGCAGUACGGAGAAAAUUUAAGAAAUCACAGGUUCGGUUGGUUUCCUAUCGCUUAUACAGAACACGAAGAAAAUGAUAAAACGGAUAAAAACGAAAACAGGACACCAAUUAUAGAAAGACGAGAUAAUAAGGAUACAUCCUCCUACUCCCCUUCUACACACAAUCGACCAUUUUCACAACGUCCCGUCAGUUUUAGUUUUGAUUCUCGCUUAGUAGACAUCGCUUCGGGAUUGACAGUCCCUAAACAAAAUCGUCCGCUUUCGACAUUUGCCGAUAUACUGUUAACGAAGGUCGGAGAUAAUUCUAAACAGGAUUCUAGCCCGAAGACCGAUACAAGUCCCAGAACGAGUGGUCCUAGAUGUAACAAAUAUAUUGGAAAAGAAGAUCCUAUCAAGUUGCCUACUAUUCUGCGAGUUCCCAGGAGAUCAGCUACCUCUCCCGCUGUCGGUUUUCUGCCUUCCUUUCGUUGUCCUUUAUCCACCAGUCUACAUAGUAGCAGCGAUAGUGGUUUCUGUAACGAUAGUGGACACGGAAAUCCUCUGUCAGAAGGAUCGGAAGAAGAAUCCAGAUCGAUUACGAUUCCUAACGAAUAGUAAGUAGGACUAUUUAGUGUGUAAAAUAAAAUAUCUGUCCCGAAAUUUGUCUAUUUAUUUAAUUUCGUGGCAUUUUUUUUCAAUAUUAACACGAAGAAAUUAAAAAUAAUAAUA